AUGACGGGAACGUCCGUCCCGUCUGGUAGCGAGCGAAGUCACCACGGCUUCGUUCCAGAUGCCACCGUCACAUGUUUGGUGUCGGAGGAGUGCCACCUCCCGUGCACGUUCCCUCCGGCCCCCAACCAGAGCGUGCGCUGGUUCCGGCAGGACGUGCUGAUGUUCAGCUUCGCCGAGACGCACGGCGAGAGCGAGGCGCCGGUCGGGCGGGCCGCCGUGUACCCGCCGAUGAUCGCGGGCGGCAACGCCACCCUUGUCGUCAGAGAGGUGGGCCUCAAGGACCGUGGCACGUACCGGUGUCGAGUGCGCACGUCCCAGGGAGAGCACAACGCCAAGGUCGUCUUGAAAGUGGAGGCGCCCGUCCAAGGCCUGUCCCUGGAGUUGUCCCGGCUGAGCGGUUAUGAAGAGAUGAAGUGCACCGUUCGCGACGUCUUCCCGCCGCCUCGAGUCACCUGGGCCACGGAGCCGCCCACCUUCGAGGACCUGCGGCCAAUCACGCGCAUGCUGGCUGACAAACGGGGUCUGUACACGGCCGACAGUAGGCUGAAGGUUCUGAAAGGCCAGCCGGACCUCAUCUACAUAUGCAAAGUCACCACCUCCUACGGGGGUCCCACGUGGACGUCCUCGCUGCGGGAGAGAGCAAUAAAAGGAAGUGAGGGUCGAGAUUUGACCAUCCCCUGCUUCGCGCCGCCGUACCUGAAUAGCCCCACCCUCCACUGGAGCUUCUCCAACGGGGAGGACCCGGCGCACAUCCUGACCUACGACAGUCGCUCGGGGCACAGCCACUCGGCGCCCGCCUGGGAACGCCACGCGGAGCUAGACGGUUUCAGGGUCCCGUUUGGGGACGGCUCGCUGCGCCUGAUGGACCCCGAGCACGCCCAUCACGAGGGCACCUACAGCUGCGUCUUCUCCAUGCCGUACAACACGCACACGGAGCGAACGGACGUCGCCAUCAACACACCUACUGGCAAUCGUAGCACCUCGGGGCAGACGUCCUACUGGUGGAUCGUAGGCCUGGUGGUAGCCGUGAUGGUCCUGGCACUGGCGGCCAUGUUGGCCUACCUCAAGCUGCGAGGAAACACAGCGAAACCCUCAUCACGUGAUCCCGAGGAGGAGACCGAGCUGCAUUCGGUCAAAGAUGUGGCGGGCGAGAGUGAAACCAGCAAGCGUUUUCCAGCCGGAGGCAACAACGGAGAGUCGGGUCUCUCCUGACCCCAAACCACAACACUACACACACCGUCACACCAUCUUUUUAUUCCAAACAUUUUGUAUAAAGUGAUGCAUCGUACAAUACUGAGACUACUCACAAAAAGUUUGACUAUUGGGCUUUCGGUUGGAAUUUCGGGAUGAACCUAAAAUGCACUAUAACCUUUGCAGGUGAAUUUUAUUUGACCUUGUGUAAACUCAAUGUCUCAGUACUUUCCGCACAACUCGCUGUUAACUCACUUCUGUGCCCUUCUGUGACUCUUCCAGUCUGUGGUAACCCGCUGAUGACACGUUUGUGACACUCUGACCAGAUUUCAAACAGUUGCCUGAGUGUCAUCAGCAGGUUGCAACAGAGAUCCAGAGAGACCGGAGGAGUGACAGAAAGGCACAGACGUCAAUGUCAUGAGACCUUUUCUUGGAUCAAACAGCCAUUCUGAACUUUGGCCGUUGGGCUCCCUCUAGAGAGACAAUUCACUCCAGAUGUGGUUUUGCGAAAAGGAGGCCAAAGUGGAAUGCAGGCCGGGUGGAUGCCUAAGAAGGCUCGUCGGAAUGUUUUCUUAUCGUUCCGCCUGUUUUGACUCAGCAUCGCGCAGUCCCGAAGCGUAAUCCUGUUCUGGCCGUCUACAUGGACAGCGUCAACAACAACAUUCUCUUGAACCCCGCCCGGACAGUUGACAUUUUGUCCCGUCAGUGAGGGAACCAUGAAUGCCAACAUCUCCCUUCGGAAGGUGGGCCACAAGGCAGUAUUAUUUCAACACGAUAACAACUACAAAGACAACUCCAGGACAACCGCUGACUUCCUCAAGAAGCUGAGGCUAAGGGGUGAUGGUCUGACCCAGCAUGUCUCCAGACCUAAACCCUAUCGAGCAUCUGCGAGGCAUCCUCAAACAGAUGGUGGAGGAGCAUAAAAUGUCGUGGGCAAACAAAAUACCGACACUUUGUGCACGACUUGGACAGUUUCACCUCGGGGUCUACUCACUUUUGUUGCCACAGGUUUAGAAAUUAAUGGCUGUGUGUUGAGCUAUUUUGAGGGGACAGUAAAUCUGACACUGUUAGACAAGGUGGAAACUUAACAUUGUAGCAAAAUGUCCUUUCUUCGGCGUUGUCCCAUCAAAAGGUAUGUAAAAUAUUCACAAAAAUGUGCGGGGUGUACUCGAUUUUGUGAAAUAUGCAUGUAUAUAGAAUGAAAAAGACGUUUUGUCACACUGCAUCAAUCAAAUGGCCAUUGUGUUCUCUUUCUGGUGUACCUUACCACUUGGAAGCAACAGAAGACAGACAGACAGAUAUACGGCUAAUUGACAAGUAUCAAGUCCUCCCACCUCAUUAGUGCGGCACUAAUAUUAGUCGUUCUUCACAGAGGAUAAAGACUAUAUGACUGAGUGAUGUUACUGUCUGUCUACAUGUGUUGCUUCGCUAUUCGUGUCUACAUGUGUUGCGGCACUAUUUGUGUUCAAUCUGUUGUGUAAAGGGUUACAGCGGCGGUUUAGCGGUUAGCGCGUCUGCCUCACCACCCUGAGGUUGCAGGUUUGAGUCUCAGCGCCGGGAUUCCUGUGAACGUCUCUCGCCCAAAGUCAGCUGGGAUAGACUCCAGCUCACUCCUAGUAAGGAAUAUCGAAAACAGAUGGAUGGGUGUCAUGAAUGAAGACUGAUGUAAAAUCAAGCAGAGCAAGUGAGCAAGUAUGUGAAGUAUGCUUGGGUGGUGAUAAUGUAUCAUGCAGUGAGGGAGGGUGUGUGAGUGCAGGGAGAGGAAAACAGCAGCUGUUGGUCAGGAACACACACAAGAGAAUUCCGACAAAGACUGAAGAGAGGUCCGGAGAGGUUUUAAGUUGAGAAGUUUUGUUCAGUUGAGAAGUUUCACUUGCACUCACGCGCUCAUUUUGGACUUUGCCCUCUGCACCCUGACCUCAGUCAGCCGCGUGGAAUGCCGGUUGACCUGUUUUACGAACUCGUGCCUUGAAGGAAGACGGAAGAUGGGGAUGUUUGUCCCGGCUUUGGUGGUCGCCGCCUUCUCGUGCCUUCUGGUCAUUGGCGUGGCUUCAAUCAGACUUCAUUGUGGUGAUGUUUUGCAGACGUCAGUGACGUCUGGUGCCGUUGGAAUGCAAGCUGCGUUUUAGAAGCCAAC